CAUGUGUGUCAAGCUGAUGCGAAGCUAGACAGAGCAGCAUAACGGCCUGACAAAAGUUCUUGAUUCGGAUGCGAGCCUUGGUGUUUACUACGUUACGAGCGACGUGUCGUAGUUUGUGUUUGUUCGCGAGCAAAAUCGCGGUUUGUGCAGUUUAAGAGAUCGUAAACGGUUUUUAAGUGUUUCGGUCAAUUCAGUAGUUCCGGUUAACUUCGCGUGCGGCUGUAAAGUGAGUCAUUCAUCCAGCCCAGCGCCCAUACUGCCCCGGUUGCGUUAGAUUUCGCAAAAUUAUUACGUUUUGCCUCAAACGCUUGUUUUUUGGGGUCGCCAGGCCGUGGUAGUUAGUUAAUGAGUCCUAGAUUUCGCAGUUACGACGUUGGCAUUGAGAUCGUGUGGUUAAAGUUAACGUUACGUUCCAGCGCGACGGUCCGCUCCAUUAGCGCACACGAGGCCGAAAGUUGUAAUCCUUUCCACUUCACCCAUCAUGGCUGAUCUUGAUACUGACUUCACCAGUGGAGAUGCUGGGGCUUCCCUGACCUUCCCCAUGCAGUGCAGUGCUCUGCGUAAGAACGGCUUUGUGGUGCUUAAGGGCCGUCCCUGCAAGAUUGUGGAGAUGUCUACCUCCAAGACUGGCAAGCAUGGACAUGCCAAGGUGCACUUGGUUGGUAUUGACAUAUUUACUGGAAAGAAAAAUGAAGAUAUCUGUCCUUCCACCCAUAACAUGGACGUUCCUAACAUCAAGAGACUGGACUAUCAAUUGGUUGGCAUUACCGAUGGCUACCUUUCCCUGUUGAAGGAUAAUGGAGACUUGCGUGAGGACCUCAAGCUGCCUGAAGGGGAUCUGGGCAAAGAAAUAGAGAACAAAUUUGAAUCUGGGGAUGAAUUUCUGGUCUCUGUAUUGGCUGCCAUGGGGGACGAGUGUCCCAUUGCCAUCAAGCCCAUGAGCUCUUAAUGAACAGAAGCUGACGGGCAGGUUGAGUGAGGGCCUCUAUACCACAAAUAUUCCAUUUUAGUUCUAAAAGUCACCAAAGCCACAGCCUUCACAAACCACCCAGAAUUGGUUCUGUUAAAGAGUAAAGAUGCUGGACCUUUUGACCCGUCUCAUGAGGUGUUGUCUUAUCAGGAUAUUUCCAUGAUCACAGUGGGUUUCCUGCACGCACGUUCCUUUAGUUCUCUUUAUCCAUUCCUCCUCCAUUAUACAGAAGCACUUUUAUCAUUCAUUAAAAAUGGGAAUAGUUUUUUAACGCUCUACUUACCGCGGAAACCUUUUUAUUCAUGCCGACUGGCCUUAAACUGUUGCAACUCAGGCAGCAGCCAUAGAAGAUUACCUCUAUGAAUGACACUGACUAGUUUGCCGGCGUUUUGGUACAUCUACAGCUGUGCCAAAACCUGUGUGUCUCAGGUAGGCUAGGAUAUGUCUGCGUGUCGCUCUGACGGUUUUCCACUUGUUGGGGUGACCGGAAACUAGCGAUCCUAAGACAGACUCAACAUUUACUGACAUUAAAUUCAGACCAAAUAUAAUGUAACUUAUCCUGAGUAACAGAACCAGUUUUUUUUUGGUUUUUUUGUCUACAAAGUUUAACUCCACCUGACAUUUUAAUUUUAAGUUUACAGCAUUUGUCUUUGCGUUAACAGAUCUUUUGGUAGCAACAGAGCAAUAACCCAACUUUGUUUGUUCGUAAGGGAAGAUGAUUAUAAGAAGGGCCUUUGAGCUUCGCGUUGGCUACGGAUGCCCUCGGCAACAAACUCGGUUUACAGUAGCUUUGUUAUACAACAAAUUUUUAUGCUGCAAAAAUUAGCUUAUUUUUUUUGUACUUGUGGACAGGCACAGUAUGUGCUCAAGGGCUUCAAUAUCAACCCUUUUUUUUAGUAUUCACAUUUUAUUGCAUCUUACAUGCAUCUGAUUUGUUUACUGGUAUAAAGGCUUUAUUUUAGUUAUUUUUUUUUUUUAUUUUUUUCCCCCUCCACCUUCAGGGCACAGUUUGCAUUUGGCUCAUAACAAAUAUAGUAUUUUCGUAUUAGUAGGCAUUCAUUUACUAUGAAAUUCCUUUCUCGAAGUAGAAAUGAGGACUUGCUAUUAUCUUUGCGUUUGAUUUUUCCACUAGGUGUUAGUUUUGAUUCUUAAUUUUCCAGUCAGUAGUUUUUGUUUACUGUAAGAUGAAUGCUCUUGGUUAUGCAGAACGUUUUUCCAAGUCAGACUUUCAGCAGCGUUGGCUGGCAUCUUACCGUGUUCCCUGUUUCAACUAGUUUUUGUUCUUGUAAAUCUAGCUCUCAUUUAAACGUAGCCGUAGAACUGAGAGCUCAAGUGGAAAGUAUUGUAUGACUGUACAGUAUUGAGAAACUUUCACAUUGGCAUAUCAAACUCAGUGAGUCUCUCAGGAUUCAAGUGUUUCAGUUAUUUUGCUGAUUGUAGUAUUAGUCCUAAAUAUCACUGUUAAAUACCUCUCUCUCUCUAUCUGCAACACAUAGUAUUCAUGCCAACAAGUGAAUAGCUCACUUUAUUUACUGGAUGCAUAUUUGGUUAAUUUCUUGAAUUUAUCAGCUUGACUAUCAGCGACGGGCAGAAAGAAACUUCUUGUAACAAAACUUGUAAGAAGGUGCUUAAUCAGGCAAGCGGAAGACGUGAUGAUGUUCAGUGUUUUUCAUAUAGCUAGUUGAAUGAAAAUUGUAAGAAGCCACAGAUUGGGAUAAGAGGGGGAGCAAUUAUAAUAAACUCAACUGAAAAAAUGA